GGCGGCGCCGGGGGUGCGGGGCGGCACGGGAGGCCCCUGCCCGGGCUGGGGGCGCGGCGGGGAGAGCCGGGGGCUGGCGCUUUCCGGGCUCGGGCGCGGCCGCCGCGGGCCCUGUCUUCCGGAGGCCGCCCCACUUCGCGGGGACUGUCGCUGCCGCCGCCCGGCUGCCAUCGCCUCCUCCUCCUCCUCUUCCUCCUCCUCCUCCUCCCUCUCCUCCCCCUCCCCCCGCCACCUCCACCUCCUCCUUCUCCUCUACCACCUCCUCCUCCUCCUCUCCCACCUCCCUCCUCCUUCUCUUCCUCCUCCUCCUCCUCCUCCUCGUCCUCGUCCUCCUCCGCCUCCCGGGCCGCCUCCUCCUCCUCCUCUUCCUCCUCCUCCUCCUCCUCCUCCUCCUCCGGGGCCGGCCCGGUCCCCUCCCCGCCGCCGCCUCCUCCUGGGCUGGGCCCGCGGCGUCUCGUCCCCCCGGCGGAGCCGCUCGCGCCGCCGCCGCCUCCUCAUUCAUCCUCGUGCACCAUAGGCGGCACCGGCGCCAAGAUGUCCAGCCGAGUGGUGUGCCGGGAGGCCAGCCACGCCGGGAGCUGGUACACCGCCUCAGGACCGCAGCUGAAUGCACAGCUAGAAGGUUGGCUUUCUCAAGUACAGUCCACGAAAAGACCUGCUAGAGCCAUUAUUGCACCCCACGCAGGAUACACGUACUGUGGGUCUUGUGCUGCUCAUGCCUACAAACAAGUGGAUCCAGCUGUCACCCGGAGAAUCUUCAUCCUCGGGCCUUCCCACCACGUGCCCCUCUCUCGCUGUGCACUUUCCAGUGUGGACAUCUACAGGACCCCCCUGUACGACCUUCGCAUAGACCAAAAGAUUUAUGGAGAACUCUGGAAGACAGGAAUGUUUGAACGCAUGUCCCUGCAGACAGAUGAAGAUGAACACAGUAUUGAAAUGCAUUUGCCUUAUACAGCUAAAGCCAUGGAAAGCCAUAAGGAUGAGUUUACCAUUAUUCCUGUACUGGUUGGAGCUCUGAGUGAGUCAAAAGAACAGGAAUUCGGAAAACUCUUCAGUAAAUAUCUAGCGGAUCCUAGUAAUCUCUUUGUGGUUUCUUCUGAUUUCUGCCAUUGGGGUCAAAGGUUCCGUUACAGUUACUAUGAUGAAUCCCAGGGGGAGAUAUAUAGAUCCAUUGAACAUCUAGAUAAAAUGGGUAUGAGUAUUAUAGAACAAUUAGACCCUGUAUCUUUUAGCAAUUACUUGAAGAAAUACCAUAAUACUAUAUGUGGAAGACAUCCCAUUGGGGUGUUAUUAAAUGCUAUCACAGAGCUGCAGAAGAAUGGAAUGAAUAUGAGCUUUUCCUUUUUGAAUUAUGCCCAGUCGAGCCAGUGUAGAAACUGGCAAGAUAGCUCAGUGAGUUACGCAGCCGGAGCACUCACAGUUCACUGAAGCCCCGUCCUCAGGGAUGCCGCCUGCACCACACAGCUCAUUCUCUCUCCGGGUCCCCGCCCAGCCCUCACCAAGAUCCUCGUCCUGGUUUGGGGCAGGGGGGUUCUGAAACCUCAAACUAAUAGAACUUUCUUCUCUUCUUUUCUAGUAGGUGUAGUCCUUCCUUAAUUUCAACUCAUUUAAAAUGCUUUCUAGUGUAGGGCAGUGGAAGGAAGGCUGGCAUCAAACUAUUUUGAUCAAAAAAAGACGACAAUGAUAAGGCCCCGUUGUGGCAGACACGUUUUUUUUGGAAAGUAACUUGUAAAGCAUUUACCAUACUCUAAAUUUGCACUCUUUGCAGACUUGUGCACAUAUAUCCCGCUUACAGAAUAGUUUUGCAAAUUGUACACAAACAAACAAAGGGUGGAAGCUUUUUAAUAAAAUGCAUUUAUAAAUGAUCUGUAUUAGAAUAUAAUAAAUCUCCAGUUAUAGUCAAUUACUACCCAUGUUGUACAACAGAUACCUUCUAUUUUAGUUGCUAAUAAAGGGCUACACAACUCAAAAAUAGUCUGAUUUAAACUUAUUGCUCUGUGGUACAUAUGAAAAUUGUUUUUUUUUUUAAAUGAAUUCCAUCUUGAAUUUUUCAUUUUAAAACUGGUAAACUUCAGCUAUUCUGUAAAAAUGUUAGGAUGUAUUUUAUAUUUUACAUAUUUAUGUGAUUUUUUUUAUCACACAAAAUAGAAUCGUAUUUUAAACUUAGCUCUUAAAAUUACAUUGCCUUUUUGUGUGUGACAUCAUUUUGUGUCAUGACUGUAUUGUAAUAGAAUAUAAAUUGAAGAUUGGUAAUAGAAUGUAGAUGAGUCCUCUCCGCCCGAGAUUAUGCCCGGUAGGCAGUAGUCUGCAAAUGAGGAGACUUGGAAGAAUGUUUUAAAGUGCUUUUCAAAUCAUUGCAGACCAUACACUGCUGCUCUACGCAAAUUGAAUCUCUUACUUGAAUUUUUAACAAGAAAUCAUUAACAAGAAUAACAAAAAAAAAAAAACCACUGGGUUUUCUUAUUAGUUCUACAGUUUUUGUUUUUUUUUUUUUGUCAUGAUUUUUGGUGCGGCUCUUCCAACUAAAAUAAUGGUAUGGUGUUGUAUUUAUUUAGCAUAGGCCAGUUCUAGUCAUUUUGGCAAAAGAAAUGUGAUUCACAUAGUUAGUUACUGACCAACAUGCAUGUACUAGAUUUACCUGUUUUAAUCGAAUACUGGGUACCUACAUUACAUUGGAGAAUGUUUAUAUCUUCAGUGUUAUGCCAGAACAGCACAAUUUUUAGAUGCCUUGCACCAAUUUUAUUUAAAGAUUUACAUUUCUUAUUUAUUAAAUGUCAACUUUCUAUAAUCAAAAAUUGAGUAUUUCUAAAAUACGAUUAUCUUUUGGAUUCAAAAUUGCCACCUCUAUGUGUGUGGAAAUUAUUCUUUUACAUAUCAGUGAUUUAUUUCCCAUCAUUUAGAUAAUACUUUUGAGUACUAUAAAUAUUUAUUUUUUAUUUAUUAUCUAGAUUAAAAAUUUCAAAAUUGACAGUGAAUUUUUAAUGUUUUCUGAUAUGAACUCUUAAUAUAAUUAUUAUAGAAAAUUAAGAAAAUAUUGAAAAAUAUAAAGAAAAUAUCUGUAAUUUCACUAUGCAGAGAGAACACUUAAUAUUUUUCAUAUUUCCUUUCAGUCUUUGUCUGUUAUUUUUAUGUAUGAAUGUGUUAUGUUUGUGCGUGUGUGCAUAAUAGCAAACUUGAGACUAUUGACUAUAUAGUUGUAUACCCUACUUUUUAGUACUUAACAUCACAAAUCUCUGUGUCUCUGAAAAUGUAAUCUUUUUUUUAAAAAAAGCUGCCUAACACUAUUGUAUGACUAUAUCAUAAUUUAAACACUUUCUCUUUGGAUAUUAGUUUCUAAUAAUUCAAAGCUAUUAGUAAUAGUAGGAUGACAUCUUUGUACAUGAAAUUUGAACUCUAUAUUCGACUAGUUCUUUAAGAUAUAUUUAUGGAAGUGGGAUAAUUGGUUUAGUUAGAACUUGGUAGAGUCUUGCCAAAUUACCCUUCAGAGAGAUUGUGCCAGAUUAACUAUGUAUGAAUACGUAUCACAUACCCUUUCUUCACUAUUACUAUUUUUUCUAAUCUUUGGCAAUUUGUUAAGCAAAUAAUUGGUUGUUCUUUUGAUCAUUCAAAUAGUAAAUUUAUUCUGUAAUUUUAGAGUUAAUUAAUAAAAAGUGCAAGAGGGUUAUUUAGGGUAAGUGGGCCAUGUCCUAUGAGAUUGCUUAUUGAACAUUGAAAAUAUUUUAGCAGCACUCCAUCCUUUUUUUAAAAAAUGAAAUAUGAGAAUAUCUUUUGUAGUCACAAGUAGCAUUCCAAUCUUAUAGUUCAGCGUGAAUUCUUAUUUUGUCUCUACUGCUGAUGAAUCCUCUGAUCAUAAAUAAUUCAUGAUGAAUCUAAACUUUUCUCAUCUGUGAAAUAUGGAAAGGAUCUCCUAAGUACCUUUAAGUUUCAGAGUACUUUAAUGUGACUUUCGAGAUUUUUAUGUUACAUAGGUCAAAAAGCUAUAUGAUUGAAUUAGAUUAGAAGUAUUAUUUUUUUAAUUUUAACUAUAAAAUGUGAAAGUCUUUAACACAAAAGAGAAACGAACUUGCAUUAUCCAAUGCAGUUAAUGUCUAAAUUGUUGAAAUUAAGUGUUCCUACUUCAAGUGCCUUUAAAAGGAUUUCAUAUUUGAAAUCUAAAAGGUAAAGAACAUUAUUAUGUAGUUCUAUAUGUAGUCACUUUAUAAUACCCUUUUAAGUUAUCUGGAGCAGCUUUUCAAUUUUAAUUUUUUUGUUUUGUUUUGGUUUUUGAGCUGCACUUGGAAAUGCUCAGGGGUUACUCCUGGCUCCGCACUCAGGAAUUACUCCUGGCGUUGCUUGGGGGAGCCGAAUGGGAUGCCCGGGAUGGAACCAAGGUCAGCUGCAUGCAAGGCGAGCACCUCAGCCACUGUACUAUCUCUGGCCCAGGAGCAGCGUUUUUCAAACCUUAGAUUCCAUGGAAUAGCAUACUGCUGGAUUCUUAACUGUUGGGUCGUUGGUCUUUGAGAAAUACGUGUUAAAGGUUAGCUCUUGAGGCAGGUAAGUACAUGCUCUGUUGUGGGUAGACAACCGAUCUCCGUACAGAAUAGGAUUAAAGAACUAUGCAGAUGUCAGAGCUUAUAUUUAUUUUUUAAAAAUUAAAAAAACAAUGGAAUCCUCGUGAGAUUCACAGUUACAAAGCUGUUCAUGAUUGAGUUUCCGUCACACAAUGUUCCAACAUCCCUCCCUUCGCCAGUGCACAUUUCCUGCCGGUGUCCCAGUUUCCCUCCAGCUGCCCACAGCCUUCCUCUAUGGCAGACAGCUCUGUCCCUUUUAGGCACUGUGGUUUUCAGUGCAGUUACUGGAAAGGUAUCAUGCAUAUCACUUUUCCUCCUUUCAGCACUCAGUUCUUGUCCAGUGAUCAUUUCCUACUCUCAUUGUCAUGGUGCUCCCUUCCCUAUCCGCCCCACCCCAUGUCCCACAAGAGAAUGCAGUCACUCUGUUUGUUUGUCUCUCACUCCCUUCGCUCCCUGUGCCACUCCCCCUGCACAUCCAUGUAGAAGUGCUUAUAUUUAGAUCCUGCAGCGUGGAUAGAUGGUAGCUGAUUCAUGGUGACUGUGGUGGGCCUCAGAUAUUUCUUUGGAGGCAAAUAAUUCAUGAGUUUUGAAUGGUGGCUGGCAAAUAUUUUUGUAAAAGAGCAUUUCUUAAUGCUAUAUGGCCCCUCUGGGACCCCAGAAUAUCUGAAGGGCGCCACAGGUAAAAAUUGCAUUUAUGGCGGGUGGAGGGGGCACAGGGGUGGGCACAAGACCAGAGCGACCAUCCAGCCAGUCGGAAGGUGGUGAGCGUGUGGGGGGUAAUUGGAAAAAGAUACGGUGUGCAGGAGCCUCGUUGGGAAGAAGUUGAGACGCCCUGUGUCCGGGGCCGGGGUCUCUCAGGGGCAUAGGCUCUGGGUCAGGCCCGAUUGUUGACUUCCCUGGUCGCAGAAAAGCUUCUCGGAGCGUGUGUGUCUGAGUCUCAUGCAAACUCUGAUACACAAAGCCGGGCUGUGCCGCGUUGCUUGUCCCGGUCCUGGCGGGUGCUCUCUGAGCACUGCUAGUUGACAGUGCGGCCUCAAGAGUUCAUGUGCCACAAGUGGUCGUAAGCUUUUCUGGUCCCAGCUCACUCCUGCUGUGAUGGGCGCCAGUGUGUCUGGGUGGCGUGUGGGGCUGUCAAGGUAAGUAGGGCAGCGAGGAGCUCCAGGAGCCCGCGGAGGCUCCUGACUCAGCCAAGACUGCGAUGAGUGAAGACUGUGAGUGGCCCGGUUGUAUUUGGCCACGUAGUUGGAAGUGUAGGAUGGGUCAGAUGAACUUUUCCCUGGACACCAGACCAGUAAACGAACAGAGGCCAUGAGACUUUUUGUGACAUGAGGACUUCUGGAAUUGGAACGUCCAUUCCCAUCACUGUUGCUUUGUUUUGAAAAUAGCCCUCCUCUCUCUCCCUCUCUCCCUCUUCUGCCUCCCCUGCCCCUUUUUCAGUAACUCAGAUAAAGAGACUUAGCUUAGAGAACUACUCUGGAGGUACCUGUGAUAGCAGCUUUCACUGCAACUCCCUGCAACUUGACAAAGGGAGAGAGAAGUAGACUGCAGUGGGAAGAGCUGUAGCAUGUUGGUAGCAGAAUUACGAUGGAGGGAUGUUCUCAGUCACAGACACUCAGAUUCAGAGCUAGACGCUGGAUCGCUGUGCUCAGUUGUACGAGGCACUUAGGCAGAGGGGCAUUUGGAACCCACACCUAGGGAGACCGUCUCAGGCUGCAAGGCAUGAGCGAUGGAGUGGAGGGUACAGGUGGACAGCUGGGGGAGAUUUCAUUGUAGGAGGAGUUUUCAUCAGCUACUUGAGUGACUAUCGCCUCUAAGAGGUGUCUGUGUGUCUGUGUGUUCGAUCAGAUGUGCCAAGCCUGCGCUCUACCCUCAGAAGGAGGAAAUAGAAUUAUUCUGUGAGGUAGGUUAAUUAGGAAUCUGAAAUAGCUGUUCAUAAUUCCUUGUUCAAUAUUCAUAUGCACAUUUCUAAAUUGGAAACCAGCUGCUUGUUCUGAAAUUACUUGAUGUAUUCAUACAUAAUCUAAACCGAUGUAGGGUUCCCGGGCUGUCAGCAUUAGCGUUACCUGCCAUGUUAUUUGUGUACAUAGGAAAUCGGUGGAGAAAAGCUAAAAACAAAACCGAGCCAAAAACCUAUUGGAAUUAAUUCAAAUAAGUUGGAACGUACUUUUAUGUAAAACUGCUAAGAAAAAAAUCCUUUCCAAAAUAAAACUUGCUUUUUGCUCUCAACAUGAACUUUCAAAACUUAAUUGUAAGAUGGUGUUACUUGUUACUGGUGGAGCACUGGGCUCAAAAUAAUCGAUACGCUUUAUUUUGCUUCUAGCUGAAAUGUUUCAAUGUAAGAUGAAAUCCUACCAUUCACUAAAAUAAAUUAAGUGGGUCUUACGUUUAGGCUUUCUUAGGUAGAGAUGCUUUUUGAAUCUCAAACAGAGCCAUGGCAACAGCAGAGAAGGGCAUGGCUGUUGCGUAUGCCAGUACUGCUGUAACAACAGGUGGAGCGUCCUGCCCAUGAACUCUUCUCCCCUCUAAGUAAGACCCAGAGGCUGUGCACUUAGUGAAGGUGCCCUUGAUGAUACUGGCACCUGGGGCCUCCGCGGCUUUUAGGCAUAUGGCGGAUGGAUUUUGUUUGCCUGUUCUGUUGUAUUUUGCAAUGCCAGGGACUGCGUGAAGAAUUUUAGAGUUUUACGAUUUGUCCCUUGAUUCAGUUAAGAGUUCAGGGCUCUGCAAGUGGUGGAGGCCAGGCUGCGUCACCUUCUGCGUGUGUCAUUCUAAUGCCGCGUUCUGGCCAGCUUCUGAAAACUAUGGGAAGAAUCUCACAAAGGUAGUUGUGGUUUUGAAAGCCAUAAUGAAAUAAAUUGAUUUUUUUCAUGAUAAACUGAGUUAUGCUCAAAUGCAUAUUUUAUACUGUAAGAUGAGGUUUAUAUCUUUACUAGUAGAGCCAUAUUUCCUCCCAUCAUCUAUUUAAUAAUGAAACCAAAGAUAAAUAAUAACCUAAUACUAAAUACCAUUACUGAAAAGAUAUUGAAGGUCAGUGUAUUUGGGCCAUGACAAGAACUUGAAUUCUGGUCUUUAAAUCUGCCAUUGAAAAUUUUUGGAAAGUAGGGUUUUUUUUGUUUGUUUUGUUUUGUUUUAAUAACUGCUUUAGUCCCUGAUACAUACUGAAUAUGGUGUUAUAUCCAUUUGAGUAAAACCUAUUAAAACAAUGUGAAAACAAAAGAUUAGAGUGAAAUGAAUGACAUCAUAUGACUAAGGCUCAAAAAAUUACUUGAUUGUUGAACUAAAUUUAAUUUAAAAAAUUAUGAUUUAUUUUUUCCCCCAGGGUUCUGGCCAGACUGGUAGUCAGGGUUUAUUCCUGACUCUGUGCUCAGGGAUCACUCCCCGUGGGUUCAGGGACCAUCUGAGAGGUGGCGGAUCCAAACACAGCAGAUGUGUGCAAGGCAGGCUCCCUACCCAAUGUACUAUUUCUCUGCUCCUGAGAAUUUUAUGAGCAAUUUUAAAUUUUUUCCAUUUCAAAUUGAUCUAUUAUUACCUAAUAAUAGGUCUUCAGUUGGUACAUGUUCAGUUUUGAUGAAUUUUAAAACAGAAACAACAAAAGGGCAGUCUUCGGGGCUGGAGAGAUGGUACAGUGGUGUGCUUAUCUUCCACAUGACUGACCUGGGUUCGAUUUCUGGCAACCUAUAUCAUCCCCUUAGCACCAUGAGGAGUGAUUCCUGAGUUCAGAGCCAGAAGGAACCCCUAAGCAUCAUCAGGUAUGGCCUAAUUCUCAGCUCCCUGGGGGAAAAAACACCCCAAACAACAACAAAGGCAGUCUUUGUAUGGAGUAUCUUCUGAAGGACAGAAAAAUGUAAACCUUUUAAUUGCUGUUUUCCCACCACAUUUGGCUGCCCUCAGGGCUUACUCCUGGCUUGGUGCUCAGGGUCCACUCCUGGUUAUGCUUGGGGUACUAAAUUGGAGCUUGAACUGGGGCCCCUUAAACCAUCCCAGACUGUCUCUCUUGCUCCAUUUUCAGUUUUUAAUUACAGAAACCAGAUUUAUCACCAACUUCAAGAGUAAUGCCAAAUACAAAGAGCAGUACUGUACGUGAUACAUUCAAUUUGAAAUCAUCAGUCUAAGAUCCUUAGCUUAGAUUUUGCAGUAUCCUCUGGUAUCAUUACUUGAAGUAGUUAGAGGCUUUCAGGAACAAUUUUUUGUGGACUUGAGUGACUAGCUCAGGGCACGUCUGCCCAUUCUCCACUCUAGAAGGAUAGCAGCGUUCUGGAAGCUUGGGCUGAGAUCCAUUUCCAUUUCUGUUCAUAUGUCACCCUGAUUUGAUGGAAUAAAUCACUGUUCUUCCCUGAAACAUUUAUUAAUGUCUGUUUGCACUGCACAAAUAGGGAACCCAAAGGAUCGUUUCCACUAAUUUUUUUCUGUCCCCACACUUCUUAAUUUUUUUGACAAUACCUAUAACUUAGUGUAUUUCUAAUUUAAAAAAAGGUUUACAGCCUUUUCUUCGAAUCUCAUCAGUAAAUAGGCCAGGCAUUCUUAUUUUCUACUGAUAAAGAGUUUAAUCAAUCACAUGGCUUAUGGAAGUCUGUGUGGCUAGUGGAUAUCUGAGCUAGAACAUGCAUUCACCACUUUGAGUUUUCAGUUGUGUAAGUUACAAAUGCUCCAAAUACUGUAUUCUGUGUUUUGCUUUUGGUGCUAACAGCUUGCAUUGAAUUCAAAUAGUGUUGGGGUUUGCAGCUUCAAUGAAAAUGGGAAUUGUUUAUGUAAAGUUCAAUUCAGGCAAAGUAGAUUUGAUGGAUUAAAAUAUGCCUAAUAAUUCUGCAGACUUUGAUUUUUCUUGCUGGAAGGUAUAAGAUCUCAAACUUAUAUUCUCUGGCUUUGCAUCAUUAAAACGCCCUGUCCUUUGUAAAGGGACAGUGACAAAAACAAACUCUGAACUUCCGUGGUCUGCAGCCCUGAUGGUGAGACUUGCAGCAGACCCUGCUUUGACUGUCACCCUUCCAGUUCAUGCAGAAAGUGUCCUGCAAGCGUCUGUGACUCUGCCUUGAAUUUUCUUACCUCCACACGGGGCAGAUUGUUAAUGCAAGGAAGAGAUGUUCUGGAAGCAGCCCUCAGCCAGUGUGGACGGGAGUUGGAAGACCAUAUUCCAGCUUCCUUGCUUGCCUGGUGUUGCUUGAGGCAUGUGUCUAUUGUCUCCUAGAGUUUCCAGUGGGACUUUGCCUCACUGUCCACAGCAGAAAACUGUUAAAUCCGUAUUCUGAUUUUCCUCUUCGUCUCUGUCUCACCUCCGGGUCCUUUAGCGUUGUUUCUUGGGAUUCCCUCUUAAAAAAACUGCUUAUCUUUCAGUCUUUACUUGGGACAAACUAAAACUCCCUUGAUUUGGGAGAAACCAUUCAGAAAUCACAAGGUCUAAAACAAUUAUUGGAAUGAGUUUUAUAAUCACCUUUAUGCUUCAUUUUUUUAGUGUCAUGUUAAAAUGUAGAUUCAAGGGGAGAUGUUAGAUUAAAACGCAAAGUGAAUAUUUUUAGAUUAAGGUCAUUUGUGUGUGUGUUUUUUUUUUUAAUUCUUCAAAAAAUUAACUGGUCUCAUUAAUCCAGAUGACUUAAUAAAUGAGACAGUGAGUUAUCCCUUUUGGUAGUAGUUGAACUAAUCAGGGAAUUCAGUUCGACAAAAAUCAUAGAAUAUUUUCUGCUUUGAGUCCAACUUUUCUUUUUCUAGGAGCAAAUCAGGUUUGCUUAAAGCUUAAGGGUAAAUUUAGUUCCUGAAUAGUUUCCCCAAGGACUGUUCUGUAAUCAUUUUUAAAUCAGAACUUCUGUAAACUUAUUUAGGAUUAAGGAAUAUGGAGAUUAUAAUAAGUUCUAAAAUGGGAGUUUUUUUCUGUUUUGGGUGGGUGCAGUACUAGGGAUCUAACCUGGGUUGGCUGCCUGCAAGAGAAAGCGUCUUACCUGCUCUACUAUCUCUCUGGCCUCAUAUACUGUUCUUUUUCUUUUCUUUUUUUUUCUUCUGAGGCCACACACGGUGAUGCUCAGGGGUUACUCCUGGCUUUGCACUCAGGGAUCACUCCUGGCGAUGCUGGGAUUUGAACUUGGGUCAGCCACGUGCAAGGCAAAAGGCUUUACCCUCUGUACUAUCUCUCUGGCCCCUCUUUAAUUUGUUUUUUAAAUGUUUGAGAUUUGUGUUUAUGUUAGGUACAUGUUAUCCGUCUUUUUUUUUUCCCAGAUAAAAAGUUGUAAUUUUAUAGAUCUGAAGCGUAUUCCUUCUUGGUAUCGUUUAUGAGAUGAUACCUGAGUUACACAGAUUAGCAUAUAGAUUGUGCAUUAGUUCAGAAGAAGUAUGCCUGCCUUUCUCCUGGGACAUACCACGAUCCUCUCAGUGGAAACACACCCCAAACUCCUCAGAGGCAUAUUAGCAUAAGCUUACAAACUUGUUAAAGUAACCAUUUGUAAAUAUGUGUAGUAACUUAAAAAAAGAAAUAGUUCUUAAGAAAGUUUACCUUGUUACUUUUUAGACUUUUUAUCCAAAACAUUACCUCAUUUAACUAAACCCAGUCAAGGCUUUUGACAUUACAGAGAAUCUGGUAGGUUAAAAAUCUGGUCCAAGAAUUAGAGGUGAUUUUUAAAAUGUGACAAGUAUACGACCCAUUUCCUUAUUUUAUAAGGAAUGUUAAGAUGAUUUAAGAUGGGGAAUAGUGUGUUUGUAAGAUCUUUACUGGAAGCAGAUGUCUUGUGUUAGAUGUGAACCGGGCUCAUGAUUACUCGAUGGACAAAGUGGUCUAUUUCAGAAGUUUACAUUUCCCCAAAAGGCCGCAUAUGCAAUACCUCUGUGCUAAGUACAGAACUUCAAUUUGCUUUUUGAAGGUUUAAAGAGUGCUCCCUGCUUAAUGUUAAGUCCUUCUAGUUGGCAUUACUGUAUCUAUAGAUCUUAAUAUCUUUGGGGUGAGUUUUGCAUGCUUAGUGUGUGCCUGAAAACUAGAGUUGGUACAGUUGGAGGAAAUGAAUGAAACGGUGAUGCAUGUUUUACCAGCUAAAAUAUGAAAACAUUUAAUAUUUAAAUUAUUUAAAUUUAAAAUAUUUAAAAAGCAGUGCCACAGAUGAUUUAAUAAUUUCUCAUCCUUGCAGUUUUUUGUUGUUAGGAAAACAUCGAACUUUGUAGAAGCAAUCUGCUCUCUUGGUUUUUAUUUUUUUCUGAUUAAAAAUAUUCACAUCUCAAAUAAUAACAUUCACAUCUCUUAAUUGAAGCAACUUUUGGCUCAAUGUUUAUACUGUUGAAUGGGCAAGUUGAAGCAAUGCCGAAGCACCAAGACAGGCUGGAAUUUAGGUGUGUUGUUUAACGUGGCGUCUGUGACUCAUCUAAAGAACAUUAGUUUCCACUCAGGUGUUUACAGUAAAUAUUUAAAAUAGCUUUAUUUUAAUGUGUAUUUUCAGUGUGAUUUAGAAUUUUGCAUUGAAAUAUGUAAAUUUCCUCAUUUAUGCAUCAUUGGAGAUGAAAUAAGUUUUAGAUGGAAACGUAGAACAUGUAGUGUUUGUUAUUUCUUGGAAGGAGGUACUUUGGUUCCAUGUGUGGUAAUAGCUUUGAUAUGAUUCUGUGUUCCUUUGCUUUCCCAUGAAAUGUUACCUGUUUAACUGAGGUCUGUAAUAGCUGGAGGUUUCUGCAACCAGCUUGUACGGAAUUCUGCUAUAAAAUGCUUAGAAAAUUACUUUUAGUAGAAAUACUGUAGCAGAUUCAGUACUUAGUAAAGAAAAUCUUUCUGAUUAGAGUUUUUAUUUAUUAUUUUUGGUUUCUUUGCUCAUUUCUGCUCUCUCCCCACCCCUUGUAGUGUUUGCGUGGCCAGGACCAUCUUUAUGAUGUUAGCAAUGAGAAAUAUUUGAAAAUGGAGUUUCUUUCACCAAAGUUUAUUCUUUCUGCUCAGUGUAAGCAGUACUAAGGUAGGGGUAUGCUUUAUUUUUCUAAAGGUGCUUACAGCACGCUGGUACUCAUUUGCAGACUCACCUAGGGAUACUUUCAAUGAAACAACAGGUGGAUUAUGUAACUGUUUUUGAGAUUUGGGGGCUUGAAGAUUUUGUCAUGUGUCAUGUGUCAAGAAUAAGGGUUAUUUGAUUCAACAUAAUGAGAUUUUUGUACAAAAAUACGAGCGUAUAAGAUAUUUUAAAGAACUAUUUGAGAGUUUAAGGGAUUGUUUAUUGAAUGCAAGUUAAAUUGGUGAUUCCUAGGAAAAAGUGUAUGUUUUAAUCAUAUAUUUGGGGAAUUAAAGCAAUAAAUGCCAAGAUUUAUGUUUCCUGGUUUUAUUUGUGACAAAUAAAUAACACUGUAUCCAUUCUAUGAUUGGUCAGUUGUUGUCCACUGACAUUUAAAGACUUUUCCUCAAAAGCAGAAGGUUCUGAAAAAUGGAGAGACACUCAUUCGUGUCUGUCCUUUGCUUCCUGUCCCUGGCCUGAAGAGGCUGCUUUACUUGGAGAUGCCUGAAGACAGCGCUGAGCGUUUCUGGCAGUGGGUGGUCUCUCCUUCCUGCUGGUAUCCAGCGUGCCUUUCAGGGCAAACGGGCACUCGGGGGUGUGAUGAUGACUUCGACAGCGGCCCCUGCUGGCGCCGGAAUGACGGUGCAGGAUGCUAGUUCCCGCUGCCACAACACCAGCCCAGUCCUGGGGUUUGCUCCCUCGUCGCCUCCUGUUCGACUUCUCCCUUAAUCUUUCACUGGAUCACAGCAGGGAGAAGAUAUGAGAAGUGGGAAGUAUGUGGUCACUGCACUUGAGGUUCCCAGUGCCCUGGACGGUAGCACCUCUGGGAGGCAGCUGUUCUGGCCGAUGAACCAGAUCAUCUUAUAAUGUGGUGUGCAUUGACACGCAUCCAAAUACUGAAUUUAAGGAGGAAGGGGAAGAUAUGAGCGUUUUUUAAUACGACCAUUGUUUGUGGUAAAUAAUGUUUUAAUCUUUUGCCAAAUGGAAAAAAAAACUUUAAAAGGAAAGGAAUAAUGCAAAUGUUUGUAAACACGUAUGUAAAUAUGUUUUCUUUACCUCCCAAAAACCAUGAAUAAAAGUGAAUUUCUAGUUUCUUGAA